AUGCAUGCAGCACUUGAGGCGUUUCGCAAACGCGUGUACGACGAUGAGUCGAUGUAUAUUGGGGAGUGGUCGUUUGAUCAACGGGAGGGAUUUGGGCUGUUUCGAUUCAAGGAUGGCUCUGUCUACAUUGGGGAAUUCGUCGAGGGUGUACCCCAAGGGUUUGGUGUCCACACCUUAGUUAGUGGAAGCUGCUAUGCUGGUCAGUUCGUGGAGGGCCUUUACCAGGGCUACGGCGUGUACACUCGCGUGAACAAAACACAGUUUCUCGGCGCCUUCAAGCACGGGAUACCUGACGGUGCAGGAAGAUUGGUCACGGAUAAGGGCAACGUGAAGGAUGGGCUGUGGAAAGGAAACACCAUUCUCAAGUUUGGAGAGGUUGCAAACGCUGUCGCUGCUGCACGCGCAUGCGCUGAGGCGGCACAUGACAGAUGGCAGAAAGCACGAGAUGCGAUAUCAGCCUCUUCAGCAGACCAAUAGGCCCUCGAUUUGAACACACCACGUGCUGUUGCUUGUCAGCAUGAUUCUGCGUUGACGUUUUGAAAUGCUCCCUCUUCGCGUUGCUGCGACAGUGCCACGCUGUUGCUGUUACAUUUUUAUGUUACAUUACAUCUUGUUUGUGGUAGCCCACGUUCAGCUCGAUUCGUGGCUUCGCACACAUGCACACCAGUUCCAUACCACCACCCCCUUUUCCCCCCCCCCCUCGUUCUCUCCUCCCACCCCAAACUGACCAGCGUGCUUCGUUCUUCAUAGAAACGUGUUGAGAUCUCCCUCCUCCCGUCCUUCCUCUCCGUCCAACUUUCUGUGACGACUAGGCGUUUUGAUGGCGCUUGUUUGUUCCGUAGUGGUUGUGCCGUGGCAUGCUUGCUUGCCUGUUCGGUCAGUCAUAUGUCUGUAUGCCGUGGUUGUGCAUGUUUUAAUGUAAUGACACGUGCACUGCUGCCUCGUGCUCGUAUUUGCCGCCAUGUUAGCUGCUCUCGCCCUCUUUUCACACACAUGCACGCAUACGUUGAUUUGAUACAACGUUUUAUUGAGAUGAAUUGGGGGAUGGGAUGUGAGUGCAACAAACCC